GCGUGCGCUGCCAUGCUCUCCGUCUACAGGGCAGCCCGAGGCUGCUUCCCUUCGUCUGGGCCUCUCAUUACCCCCUCUUCUCGGUACUUCGCCUCCGUCGUUGAGACCGUCACCACCCAGUCUGCCCCGCUACCACCUCCAGGCCCUACAACUUCCUCAGACACUGCCAACCGCUCCCUCGUCCGGUCGACCAGGAAUGGGAGAAAGCUCAAGCGCGCAGGGGCACUUGUCGAAGGGAAUACAUCUCCGCAGGCACACCUAGUUGAGGGCGGACCUCUCCGCCCCCAUCUUGGCGUCGAGGUCGACCCGAACCACGGGCUGUACGCCUUCUUCAGGAAGAAGGUCGACAAGGAUGGACAAGUGCAGUACGAGAGCAUCGAGGCAGCUGACAUGAGCGCAGACCCCAGUGGGCGCUCUUGGACGGCUGCUGAAUUGCGCCGGAAGAGCUUCAGAGACUUACACACGCUGUGGUACGUGCUUCUCCGGGAACGUAAUCUCCUCGCUACGCAAAAGGAGGAAGCGCGGCGAAUCGGGGCGGGGCAUGCCAUGAACCUCGCUUUCCCGCAAAAGCUGAUCGCUGUGAGAAAAUCCAUGGCCCGCAUAAAGUACGUGCUGAACGAGCGUCGGCGGGCCUACGUCUCCGCCUUGGAGCUCCAAAACCGCCUGCUAGCCAAACAAGCGGCCGAGCGUCAGAAACGCGCGGAUCUCCUUGCGAGAAACGAGACGAUCCGCGAGAAAUGGCGGCAACAUGCUGCGUUGAAGGCAGAGGAGGAGAAGAUAAGAGAGGAAGAGGAGCGGGUGAGGAAGGAGGAGCAGAUGGAGAAUGAGAGGAAGAGGCUGGAGGCUGCCACUAAAGCAGCCGCGAGUAUGUUCGGCGAGGUAUCGGAGCAGGCGGCGCAGGACGUGAAGAAGAAGGACGAGAAGGACACGAAGAAGAUGGAUGUGAAGAGGGACGCGAAGGCGGAGGCGAAGGGGAAGGAGAAGGUGGAGGAUAAGAAGGUGGAGGAACCUUUGCCGAUGGAGCCUCCAGAGGAUAAAGCUCUGGGCGACAGGGUGGCGGCACAGCUCUUCGGCUUUGAUGAGAGGGACAGCAAACGAUGAGCAUCGUCGCUUUAGAUCGAGGUCCGUGCGCUACUGGUACUCCCGUCGUAAUUUACUGCCUUGUUGCCAAGGUUAUGCAUGCCUUGCUUUGCUGUGCCCCCUUCCUACGCGUGAAAGAUGUCUACUGUCUCCUCGCCUUGUUCGUC